CCCACCGAAGAAGACAAGCUUGCCUUGUGGUAGCUGGCUAUCUGGAAGAUUUCUUUCCUGUUGUCCAAUUCAUUUUCAUUUAAGGGUAUUUUCAAGAAUGCCACCUAAGGGGAAAGGUGGCAAGGAGGCAGGGAAAGGUGGCAAGGAGGCAGGGAAAGGUGGCAAGGAGGCAGGGAAAGGUGGCAAGGGAGGGAAAGGUGGAGCUGCUGCGGGGGGUGGUGACAAAGACAAAAAGGAAGAGAAGACGAUUAAAGGAGGCACUUCUGUUAAGGUCAGACAUAUCCUGUGUGAAAAACAUGGUAAAUGUAUGGAGGCGAUGGAGAAACUGAAGGCUGGGGUUCGCUUCAGUGAAGUGGCCUCACAGUACAGUGAAGACAAAGCCAGACAAGGGGGUGAUCUGGGCUGGAUGAUAAGAGGUUCUAUGACCGGACCCUUCCAGGACGCUGCCUUCGCCCUACCCAACAGCACCAUGGACAAACCCAUUUACACAGACCCCCCCGUCAAGACCAAGUUUGGCUACCACAUCAUCAUGGUGGAAGGGAAGAAAUGACCCGAAGGAAAUAUCCACUACUCUUCACGUUGACAUUGGGACACUCUGCUUUCUCUCUGAGGAGAUGGCACAAUCAAUUUAUUUUAUUUUAUUUUUUUCUUGUAUAAUGUUUUUCAUGUCCUGGUAAUGGCACAACAAAAGCUCAAAAUGAAAUGCUCUGUAAAGAGACAUAGGCUAUUAAGAUGUAUGUACUCCUGUCUGUAGCUAAUAAAAAAGUGGUGUAAUUUUUUACACUGGUGGUCAAUUAAACAAACAUUGUCAAAUGUA